AUGUCUGCAGAGUCGUUGAGCACCAGCGACGCGGCCCCCGCCAUGGCCACAACUACCGUCAAAGUAGAUGGCAUGACAUGCGGAGCUUGUACAUCAGCCGUGGAAGGCGCGUUCAAGGGGGUAGAUGGAGUGGGCGAGGUCUCUGUGAGCUUGAUUAUGGGUCGCGCGGCGGUGCAGCAUGAUCCGUCAAUAUUGUCACCAUCCAAGGUUGCGGAAUUGAUCGAGGAUUGCGGUUUCGAUGCAGCCGUACUUUCAACCGAUGAACACGCAAAGAGUACGACAAGUCCUGUUACGAAUUAUCAGGAUGCGCCCACAAUACGAAUCUCGACGACUACCCUCGCGAUCGAAGGAAUGACCUGCGGCGCGUGCACAUCUGCGGUUGAAAGUGGACUGAACGGUGUUGCUGGAAUCGAAUCGGUCAACGUUUCACUACUUUCAGAACGGGCGGUUGUUGAACACGAAACGGAAAUAGUUACACCGGAGCAGAUCGCGGAGCUUAUUGAGGAUCGAGGAUUUGGAGCGCAGGUACUGGAUACCAAGGCCUCUGUGGGUGAAAGCGAUGGAACCACACUUGCCGAUAUGAUUGAAGAUAAGAGAGGACAUAUAGUUACAACAGUGGCUAUCGAAGGCAUGACGUGCGGUGCUUGCACAUCAAGUGUCGAGAAUGCCUUUAAAAACGUGGAUGGGAUGGUCCAGUUUAAUAUUAGUUUACUGGCAGAGCGUGCGGUGAUCAUCCACGAUCCCUCAAUACUCACGUCCAAGGCUAUUGUAACUCUCGUGGAUGAUGCGGGAUUCGAUGCGUUGAUCGUAUCGUCUGAAGCGCAGGAACCGCUCUCAAGAAAAAUCCAGCAAAUUCACCUUAGUCUACACGGCUUGCGUGAUGCCUUAUCUGCAUCUGCGCUAGAAGAAGACCUGUCAUCACGCCCUGGAAUCAAGUCUGCAUCGAUCAACAUGUCUAACGCCCGAUUGACAGUUGCCUUUGAUACAUCUGUUAUCGGUAUUCGAUCGGUGUUCGAUGUAAUUGAGGCUGCAGGAUAUAAUGCGCUGGUGGCAGAUCUAGAUGACACGAAUGCGCAGUUGGAAUCACUCUCUAAGACCAAAGAGAUCCAGGAAUGGCGACGUGCAUUCAUUGUAUCCGUCUCGUUUGCAGUUCCCGUGUUUUUCAUCAACAUGCUGAUUCCUAUGUACAUGCGCCCCCUCGAUUUUGGUCGCCUGCAGCUCUUACCAGACCUGUACCUUGGUGACUUGAUAUGUCUUUGUCUCACUAUCCCUGUACAAUUUGGCAUUGGUCGACGCUUCUAUAUCACAAGUUACAAAUCUCUCAAGCAUCGAUCUCCGACCAUGGAUGUUUUGGUUAUGCUUGGCACAUCUGCUGCCUUCUUUUACAGCUGCUUCACCAUGCUCAUGGCCCUGCUCGGCAGCAGUCAUACUCGUCCAAGCAUUGUAUUCGACACUAGCACUAUGCUUAUCACAUUUAUCACAUUGGGACGAUGGUUAGAGAACCGUGCGAAGGGACAAACCUCUGCGGCACUAUCCCGUCUUAUGUCACUGGCACCAUCCAUGACUACCAUUUAUGAAGACCCCAUUGCUGCAGAGAAAGUGGCCGAUGCGUGGACAUUUCAAAAUGCUGGGCCAGCAUUAUCCGGAGACUCUACAGUCAAUCAAAAGAUCAUACCCACCGAACUAGUCCAGGUUGGUGACAUUGUCCUCCUUCACCCGGGCGACAAGGUUUCCGCGGACGGAAUCAUUAUUCGUGGCGAGAGCUACGUCGAUGAGAGUAUGAUUACUGGAGAAGCCUUACCGAUCCACAAGAAGAAAGGCAGCCAUGUCAUCGCUGGUACCGUCAACGGCACUAGCGCGGUCGAUUUCAAAGUCACCCGCACAGGCAAAGAUACCCAACUCAGUCAGAUCGUGAAAUUGGUCCAGGAUGCCCAGACAAGUCGUGCCCCUAUUCAGCGCAUGGCUGACAUCGUGGCUGGAUACUUUGUUCCCACGAUCAUCGCUCUUGGCUUGAUCACUUUCUUUGGAUGGAUGUUCCUUAGCCAUGUACUGUCUCAUCCGCCUAAGAUCUUCGACUCUGAAGAUGCAGGUGGUAAGGUGAUGGUUUGUCUCAAGCUUUGUAUUUCAGUUAUUGUCUUCGCAUGUCCUUGUGCAUUGGGUCUUAGCACACCAACCGCGGUGAUGGUUGGAACUGGCGUUGGUGCGGAGCAUGGAAUUUUGGUCAAAGGUGGAGCAGUUCUCGAGGCUGCCACUAAAGUCAACCAUGUCGUCUUUGACAAGACAGGUACCUUGACUACGGGCCGAAUGAGCGUUGCUCAGACUCAUCUUGAGCCCCAGUGGACAGCCAAUGAAUGGCGUCGUCAACUAUGGUGGCAGAUUGUUGGUCUUGCUGAAAUGGGCAGUGAGCACCCAAUUGGCCGGGCCAUCUUAUCCGCAGCGAAGACAGAAUCUGGCCAUCCAGGAGGAGAUGGACUCCCAGGAAGUGUUGGAGACUUUGACGCGUGUGUGGGUAAGGGUAUCUCAGCUUUCGUUGAGCCGACCUCCAGCGCUGAGCGCAUCCGUUAUCAAGUUCUCCUGGGUAACGCAGUCUUCCUUCGUUCGAACAAUAUCUCCGUGCCGUCAUCUGCAGAUGCCGAAUCAUCAGCAAGUGAGGAUGACUCGGGACCAUUGGAGCCCAAGCCCAUGGAGACUGCAUCCGGCAUCACUCGAACCCAUGUUGCAAUUGACAAGCAAUAUGCAGGAACCAUCUCCCUUCAGGAUAGCGUGAAAGAAACUGCAGUCGUAGCAGUGGCUGCCUUGCACCGCAUGGGAAUUGCAACAUCUAUGGUCACAGGUGACACACUUUCUACCGCGAUUUCUAUCGCAACAGCUGUCGGUAUCCCCGCAAGUUCGGUGCAUGCCUCCGCUUCUCCUUCCGACAAACGGACCAUCAUUUCUAACCUUCAAAUGAGAGGCGAGUACAUUGCGAUGGUCGGCGACGGUAUCAAUGACUCUCCCGCGCUGGCCACUGCCUCUGUCGGUAUUGCUCUGGCCUCAGGUACUGAUGUAGCUAUGGAGGCUGCUGAUAUUGUCCUGAUGCGUCCAGAUGACCUUCUCACCGUGCCAGCCAGUCUUUCUCUGUCACGCACUGUCUUCACACGAAUCAAGCUGAACCUCGUAUGGGCUUGUCUCUACAAUGUGAUUGGACUCCCCUUCGCUAUGGGUCUUUUCCUCCCUUUCACAGGUUUCAUGCUUCCUCCAAUGGCUGCUGGUGCGGCCAUGGCUGCAUCCAGUGUUUCGGUCGUCGUGAGCAGCCUUCUUUUGAAGCUUUGGCGCCGUCCUUCCUGGAUGACGGUUGAACGUCUGGAGAAAGAGGCUGGGGUCUUUUCUGGGAGGAGACGUCAUGCUCGUAAGGCUAGCUGGUGGGCACCUGCUACCAUCCUCUCCCCUGACGAUCCUCGCUCUCUCCGUCGCUUCAUUGUUCAUGGUCCGGCUGCCUUGUGGUCGAUUUUGACCGGUAAAUCAUCUGCCCAGGACGAUGAGGGUUAUGUUCCCCUGCAGACCGUUGAGCCUGUCUAA